UGUGUGGGCACAUUCUGUGCCGGAGCGCACUCAGAGUGCUUGCAGUCUAUCCUGCCCGAGGACGGAGACUACUGGGGACAGUCCAGGGUCCUGGAGCUGUUGUCCUCCCAGAGAGGGGCCAGUCCAGACACAGCAAAGCGAUCCCAGCAGCAAAGGCGGCGCAGCCUCCUCUGCAGGGACAGAAGGACAUGGCCUGGAAACUGACAGCAGCUCUGCUGCUGCUGGCCUGGCUUUCAGCUGCCAUGUGCAGUGCCCGAGAUGGGACAGAGCUGCUCAACGUCUGCAUGGACGCCAAACACCACAAGGCCAAGCCAGGCCCCGAGGACAAGCUGCAUGACCAGUGCAGUCCCUGGAGGAAGAACGCCUGCUGCUCCGCCAGCACCAGCCAGGAGCUGCACAAGGACACCUCCCUCCUGUACAACUUUACCUGGGACCACUGCGGCAAGAUGGAGCCCGCCUGCAAGCACCACUUCAUCCAGGACACCUGCCUCUAUGAGUGCUCCCCCAACCUGGGGCCCUGGAUCCAGGAGGUGAACCAGAGCUGGCGCAAAGAACGUUUCCUGAACGUGCCCCUGUGCAAAGAGGACUGUGAGAGCUGGUGGCAAGAUUGCCGCACCUCCUACACCUGCAAGACUGACUGGCACAAGGGCUGGAACUGGACCUCAGGAUCUAACAAGUGUCCAGCUGAGGCUGUCUGCCAAACUUUUGAGUCUUACUUCCCCACGCCUGUAGCCCUGUGUGAGGGCAUCUGGAGUCACUCCUACAAAGUCAGCAACUACAGUCAAGGGAGUGGCCGCUGCAUCCAGAUGUUGUUCGACCUGGCCCAGGGCAACCCCAAUGAGGAGGUGGCGAGGUUCUAUGCCUUGGCCAUGAAUUCUAGGGCCACAGCCCAUGGGAUUGGACCUGUCCUUGUCAUUCUAGCCCUAAUGCUGCAACUCUGUCUCCUUAACUGAAUCCAGCUCUUCCCAUAUGCCCCUUCUGCCUGUGCCCAGCUUUGAGGUGCAGUUUCAGCUCAGCUCAGGUCCACAAAUGAGGGAUCCCUAAGCCUGGCUCCAUCCAUUACCCAUCUGUCAUCCAGUUCCUGUUCCAUGGUGGGGCUUGGGGUUUCUCUGCCAGCCCAUUCUAGUAAAUAGACAGACAUA